CCACAAACACAAACAUAGAUAUCUCACACAUUAAAGAAAGAAGAGAAAUUGAGAAAAUAAAAAAGAAAUCUUGUUCCUCCACCGCCCGCGGAUGCGUUCACUCCUUCUGCUGUAGUGGAGUUGGAGAGAUGCCUCGUAAAGUGCAUUAUGGGGUUGAUUACGAUGACAGCUACGAUGUUUAUGAAGAUUACGACGAUGACUAUGCCGAUAAUUAUGAUUAUGAAGUCGAACAAAAUGCAUCCGAGACAAUGGCAAAGCUAGAAGCCGACAAGUCUGGGGUCUGGCGCUGCCCAAUUUGUACCUAUGAUAAUGAAGACAGUAUGUCUGCAUGUGACAUAUGUGGAGUUUUACGUAACCCUUUGGUCAAGGCUAUUGCUAAAAUGGAUAUCGAUGGAGCUCCUUUCAAAUUCGAUGCUCCCUCUCCAGAUGAUUUGGUGUCAAAUGGAUUGCGAUCAGUGAAAUCUAAAUCCAAAGGUAACAUUUUGAGUAAAAAGGAGACAAAGAUUCAAGUUGAAUCUGAAUUGGUUGCUAAAGGACCAGUGUCCUCUUCAGUACCAGUGACAAGAGAAAGGCGUAAUGGAGUUAGUGAGAAUGAUUCCGCUUCAGGCAGUGGAAACAAAUCCGAGGUUUUUGAUACUAGAAUGAAGGCUGAGACUUCAUCAUCCAAAACUCGAAAAGAAGAAAUUAUCGACGAAGGAAAAACAUCUACUUCACAGUAUAAUCCUGAGAAAUGGAUGAUUCCUGAUAAACUAGAUGCUGGGUUGAGUCAACUAAAUCUUGCAAUUGUUGGCCAUGUUGAUUCUGGAAAAUCAACACUAUCAGGAAGGUUGCUUCAUCUUUUGGGAAGAAUAUCUCAGAAGGAAAUGCACAAAUACGAAAAGGAAGCUAAACAACAGGGAAAAGGGUCUUUUGCUUUUGCGUGGGCAAUGGAUGAAAGUGUCGAAGAAAGGGAAAGGGGUAUAACGAUGACAGUGGGUGUUGCUUUCUUCACAUCUAGAAAGUAUCAAAUCGUGCUUCUCGAUUCCCCUGGACAUAGAGAUUUUGUUCCAAAUAUGAUAUCUGGAGCAACCCAAGCAGAUGCUGCUAUUAUUGUAGUCGAUGCUUCGUUGGGUUCAUUUGAAGCAGGCAUAGAUGCCACAGGAGGGCAAACAAAGGAACACGCACAGCUCGUUAGAAGCUUUGGGGUCGAACAGGUUAUCGUUGUUGUUAAUAAAAUGGAUGUAGUGGAAUAUUCCAAGGAAAGAUUCGAUACGGUGAAGGAGAAAUUAAGAACAUUUCUUCGCUCUUGCGGGUUUAAAGAUUCUUCUAUUCUGUGGGUUCCAGCUAGUGCCAUGGAAAACCAAAACUUGGUAGCGAAUGCUUCUGAUGUGCGGUUGUCCUGGUUUAAAGGACCUUGUUUGCUGGAUGCGAUAGAUUCCCUCCAACUUCCUACAAGAGAUUACUCCAAGCCGCUGCUAAUGCCUAUAUGUGACGUUGUCAAGUUACCAUCACAAGGUCAGGUAUCUGCAUGUGGGAAAUUGGAAAGUGGAGCUAUUCGAACAGGAUUUAAGGUAAUGGUUAUGCCUUCAAGAGAAAUAGCAACGGUCCGUUCUUUAGAAAAGGACUCUCAGGUUUGUAAUAUUGCAAGAGCCGGCGACAAUGUCACAGUCAAUUUGCAAGGCAUCGAGGGCAACCGUGUGACAGCUGGCGGUAUGAUAUGCCACCCCGAUUAUCCAGUUCAAAUCUCAAACUACUUGGAACUUAAGAUCCUUGUCCUCGAUAUUUCAACCCCAAUUGUGAUUGGUUCUCAGUUUGAAUUUCACAUACAUCACGCGAAAGAAGCUGCAAGAGUUGUGAGAAUAUUGUCUCUACUUGAUCCAAAGACAGGGAAGACAGCAAAAAAGUCUCCAAGGUGUUUAUUGGCUAAGCAAAACGCAAUCGUUGAGGUGGCUCUGCAAACACCUGUUUGUGUUGAAGAAUAUAAUAAUUGUAGAGCUUUGGGAAGGGUGUUCCUUAGAGCAUCGGGAAGAACUAUUGCUCUCGGUAUCGUGACUCAAAUAAUAAAGAGGGAAGAAUAAUAGUUAAGACUGUCAUUUGAUAAUGACAUAUUUUUCGCUAACAAAAGAUCAAUUAUACAGUCUAUAGUAAAUUUGUUGUAAUUCUCGCAAUUUUGCAGUGUUCGGUGGGGGAAUUUGAUUUACGUAGCUUUGUGUGGUGAGUAUAGGUCGAUCGCUCAUGUUUGUAUCAUCAACUAUUUUUUGAUAAAAGAAUGAGUUGACUGUUAUUUUUCGUAGAA